UCAAUGUCAGCCCUUGGAGUUUCAGUUUACCAACAAAUUCGUGCCAACAAAUCCUUAUAUCGCUUCUUGAAGCCGAUUGCGAGUUGGUACGCUAACCUCGCUGGUUAUCGGCAACAUGGCCUCAAGUAUGACGAUUUGAUCAUUGAAGAAAAUCCAGCCAUGCAAAAGGCCAUCUCUCGAUUAACGGAACGAGAACAAUACGAUCGAGCGUACCGACUUCGAGUGGCUUUUCAACUCUCUAUCCUUCACAAGGAAUUACCAAAAGCCCAAUGGACCAAACCGGAAGAAGAUGUAAGGUAUCUCUCGCCAUUAGUUAAGGAGAUCGAGGCUGAAGAGAAGGAAAGAGCUGCCUGGGAUACGGCACAAGUCGCCAAGUCCUCUCACUGAUCUGCGGCGACACAUUGAAGUUUCGUCGAUCAUGUUUGCUGGUCCUUGGGUCAUCAUCAUUUUGGCAAUGAAACAGUCUUCACUUUUGUCUUGUUAUUGAUGAG